AUGGAGGAAGUCGAUUACUUGGGCCACAUUAUUUCUGGCCAAGGUGUUAAAGCAGACCCUUCAAAAAUUCAAACCAUAUUGGAUUGGCCAUUUCCCAAGACAUCUAAGGCCUUGAGAGGUUUUUUGGGUUUGACGGGGUAUUAUAGAAAAUUUAUAAGGCAUUAUGGGCUGUUAGCAGCCCCUCUUACCCAGUUGUUGACAAAAAAUGGGUUUGUUUGGACCCAAGAGGCAGAGCUGGCCUUCAAAAAGUUAAAGGAAGCAGUGACUAGGCCACCCGUACUUGCCUUACCAGAUAUUUCAAAACCGUUCACAGUGGAGUGCGAUGCUAGUGGGAAAGGAAUAGAGGCUGUCCUUAUGCAGUCGGGGUAA